AGCUAGCAUGCCAACAAGCAAACACAAUAGAAGAAGACGACGUCAGUCAAACAAACCCACUGUAGUAGGAGAUAUUACCACAAUUCUUCCAAGUUGUCCCGCAUGAUUAACAUUUCCUUUUCUUUCUGCUGCUCUUCAGGUGUCUUUUCAGAUAGCUAACAUUAACGGUGAGUGAUGGCGAUUGAACAAUUUGUGUCAAAGACGCUCGAGCUUCUGCAGGAGGAGAGGGAGGCUGAAAUAGAGGAGACCCGGAUAUGGCAGGAAAACAUCUCUCUCAAGGAUCUUCAAAAUAAAGGAGUUUGCCUGCUGAAAUUGCAGAUAGGAAGUCAGUCCACAGGUCUCUAUGGUCGCACAGUAGUCGUCCUUGAGCCAAGAAAGCAUCUUGGUUUCUUAUCUCUGCCAAGCAACAGCUUUGGACCUGGGGACAUAGUUGGCUUGUACGACACCGGCGGAUGCACUGCAGCCUCACAGAUCGGCACAGGAAUAGUGACGAGGGUCAGCCAAGCUUCUGUAAGCGUGGCCUUUGACGAUUCUAAGGGUGGUCUCAGCUUUGAUACAGAUGCUCUUUACAACCUCUUAAAGUUGGCAAAUGACGUCACUUACAAACGAAUGAAAAAGGCCUUGAAUGAAUUAAAUGGAUACAGAAAUGGACCAGCUGCUAAUCUUAUAAAUGUUCUUUUUGGAGAAUCAAAACCUUCGUCUCAAUCACAGCCAAAUGAAGUGGAGUUCUUUAACUCAAACCUGGAUGAUUCCCAGAGAGAAGCUGUGUCCUUUGCUUUGUCUCAGAGAGAACUGGCUGUGAUUCAUGGACCACCAGGCACUGGGAAAACUACUACAGUGUUGGAGAUAAUCCUGCAAGCAGUCAAACAAGGCCAAAAGGUCCUGUGUUGUGCCCCCUCUAAUGUGGCUGUGGAUAAUUUAGUGGAGAGGUUAGCCUGGUGCAAGGCGAAGGUCCUGAGGCUGGGUCACCCUGCCAGACUGUUGGAGUCCAUACAGAAACAUUCACUUGACGCCAUCCUCGCUCAGAGUGACAACGCAAACAUCAUCGCAGACAUCCGUAAAGACAUCGAUAAAGCAUUUAUGGGAAUGAAGAAGCGUGAAAAAGGAGAGCGAGUGAACUUCAAAAGGGAAAUAGGGGAGCUAAGAAAAGAACUGAAAACCAGGGAAGCAACCGCCAUCACCCAGAUCCUAAAAAGUGCUGAUGUUGUGUUAUCAACCAACACAGGUGCUUGUGAUGGCAGCCCUCUGAAGUUCCUGCCUGAGGCGCAUUUUGAUUGGGUGGUGAUAGACGAGUGCGCUCAGGCCCUGGAGAGCAGCUGCUGGAUCGCCCUGCUCAGAGCGCGCAAGUGCAUUCUGGCAGGAGACUACAAACAGCUACCACCUACUAUCAAAUCACAAACGGCUGCAUCUAAAGGCUUGUCUCUCAGUCUUAUGGAGAGACUAAUCCAGAUGUAUGGGGACUCAGUGGUCCGUAUGCUAACAGUUCAGUACCGAAUGAACAGUGCCAUCAUGGAGUGGGCCUCCAAAGAGAUGUACCAGGGAAGACUAACAGCUCACAGCUCUGUAGAGAGACAUGUGUUAAAAGAUCUUCCAGGAGUCGCCUGUGUCGAAGAGACCAGCGCACCGUUGCUUCUUAUCGAUACUGCGGGCUGUGGUCUGAGUGAGAUGGACGUCACAGAUGAGCAGUCCAAAGGCAAUCAAGGUGAAGUAGACAUUGUUGAAUUGCACAUAAAGGCCUUGACUGAAGCUGGGGUUAAAGCUAAAGACAUAGCUGUUAUUGCUCCGUACAAUCUACAAGUCGAUCUACUGCGCCAGAAACUGUCUGCGAGGCACCCAGAGCUGGAGAUAAAGUCAGUGGAUGGGUUUCAGGGCAGAGAGAAAGAGGCUGUGGUGUUGUCAUUAGUCCGGUCCAACAGAAAAGGGGAAGUUGGAUUUCUGGCAGAGGACCGAAGGAUUAAUGUGGCUGUUACACGAGCGAGACGUCACAUCACUGUAGUGUGCGACACUCAAACUGUCCAGAAUCAUGCUUUCCUGAAGUCCCUGAUCGAUCAUAUAACUGAGUUUGGCGAGGUGAGAACAGCAUUUGAAUACAUCCAAGACAUCGUGCCACAGAACUACACCCGCGACCACAAAGACACCAAGGCUAAUACGUCUGCCAGCAGCUCCACAGCCAACAAACAGAAGGUGAAAGAUCAGCCUCCCAGCAAGGCGAAGCAAGAACAGAGGAAGUCCACUGGUAGCAGCAGUAAUGAAAAUACUGCUAAUACUAAGUAUGCAAAGUCCAGCAUAACAGCACUGACAGAAGAAGAGCAGAAGAAGAACAGAUACGCUGAGAUCAGAGAGCAGGUGGAGAGCUUUCUAAAAGACUUAAAUCGGAGUGAACUAGAGUUUCCAUCAUCGUUUAACUCUCAUGACCGCCUGCUGGUCCACCAGGUCGCUGAGGAGCUGGGCCUCGUUCAUGAGAGUAAAGGCGAGGGUAAAGACAGGUGUAUCACUGUCUCCAGGCCCCUGGUGUCAACACCAGCUGAACAGCCAACAGAAAAGGAGAAGGAAGAGGAGGAGGAGGAAGAAGAAGAAGAGGAAACUGUUCCCAAUCCCCAAAGACAGACACUGUGUCAACCACCAUUAGACCUGAAAAGUUUACAUUUGGAGCGAAUGAAGAGGGAGCAGCAGAAAAGGGAAGAAAAUGCUCAACAAAAAAAGCAACAGAACAUCCCACCAGCUCCGGCCCAGUCAUCGAAGAAGCCCAAGUCAGUUAAAGGAAAGAACCGAACGAAGGCAGGCGCCUGCGACAUCGCUGCUGCCGCCGCUCCAGAUGAUGACUUUGACACACUUAUCAACGCUGUCAGGAAAGCUGAGAGUGUGUGCAGUUUUGUGAAGUGUAAAGCUUCAGUGCUAACACUUGGACAGCUUUGCCCGUUCUGCAACAGACAGUAUUGUCUCAGUCAUCAUAUACCAGAGGUUCAUGGCUGUGGAGACAAAGCCAAGUCUCAUGCUCGGAUGAGAAUAAGCAAAGAAGGCGUUCUUUAUGCCGGGAGUGGGAAGAAAGACAAAUCCAUGGACCCUAAUAAGAAAGCCUAUCUGCAGAGGAAACUGGACUCUAAACUGAAAGAUAUGGCAUCACAGAGGAAACCAAAAAACAAAGAGGACAAUUAAUGAUACCAGAACAACUCCAUACAUUUCAGUUCUGAACACGAAUAAACAAUUCAGAUGUUUCACAAUGCUAACAGUCUACUUUAACUGAAUAUACUAUAUGUUGCCUUUCUUAAUGUUCAUUGGAUACACUGUACACUAUCAUACAAUUUGCUACUGAAUUUCAUGAGUGCUGCAUGGAUUCAUUAUUUUAACUACUAUAUUUAACAAUUCACUUAUUUUUGUCAGUUAUGGUAGCUUUAACACACACUCACUCUGAGUCUUGUGUUUACUGUUGGUGAGUUUACUCUACAUCCACUGUUAUAGUCUGAGGACUGAUUGUCAGCGGGCUGGAGUUUUCCCCAUCUUUGUUCAAUCCAGGGGAGAAGUAUGGGAAAAUCCUCUCUGUAAAUCUGUCUUUGAAUGUGUAUAUUGUUGUCAUAUCAGCAGUGUUGAUGAAGACCACCUUUCCUUUGUCAUAAUCGAGCUCUACGGUAAUCCUGUCAGGCUUCUGCUUCAACGUGAGCUUGGUGGGAGGUGUGGUCUUAGCCCAGAACGAGUCUCCAUUGCACAGGCCGAUCACCCAGAAACCCUCAGUCGGUUUGAGGAAGACGACCGUCUUCCUUUUGAUGGACUCCUGGGCCACUCCGAUGUACCAGUUUUUGCCUUGGCCCACAUCUACGGUCCAGCUGUGCUUUCCAGAUGUAAAGCCGGUCGCUCCCAGCACACACAGACAGUUGGUGCAGCGUUCAGGGUUGUCAGGUAGGAGCUGCUUAUUGCUGUAUUGUACGCAGGUCAACUCUUCUGAGAAGUUUAAGUUGGACUGGGCCGUGUUUGGAUCGAAAGUGAUGGGAACUACAAGUGUAAACAAAGUACAGUACGUUGAGCGUACUUCAUAGUAAACUUCAGCUUUGUUUUACAUUGUCUGUUCACCCACCAUAUGUGACGAUGUUCGCCAUCUUCCUCCAAAUUCCAAACUUCAGCAUUCUCAGAUGCUUUGCAGAGUUAAUCAGGAUAUCUCGGAUUAACUCUGGCUGUCGGACGUUGCAUUUGACCCUGAAACGUGGAAAUAAUUACAACAUUGUUUUAUGGAGGCAGUUAGUGCUAAUUUUAGCAGAAAGUGAGUCAUGCUUACAUUUUCUUUGUCUGCUUGUAGUCCUUAAGUUACAGCAAGAAAGUGAAGAAAUGCAUCUCGUUAACACAAGGUCAGAUGUGUGGUUAUAUAUACAUUGCAUGUAGGUGCAAGCUUAUUGGAAAUCGGCACUGUUGAAAAGAGUAACACCUGCACACUGACUCUAAACAAUUAAUAGUUAACCACCCCUGUCCCACCAGCCUAUUGGUGUAUAUUUUGGAGUAGACUGGGAUUUAAAUGUCCAUUUAAAUAAAUGUGUUGUUUGGAGUUGA